AGUACAACCUAGUACAAUCCAUUGGGCCCAUGCUCGACACAGCCAGACAAGGAUGUCCCGUUCGUUCCGUUAGUAACGAGGAAUCCUCACUGAGUGGCAUUCGCACUUUUGUGCUUGGUCCCUAGAGGCCCGUAACUAGGGAUCCAUCCAUCCUUGUGCAUUUCAUUAUUGUUACUGUGAUACGGCGAUUCCGGCCCCGGGUUCGCUGAGGAGAGAUCAUGACCGAGGAAUCGCCCACCCCGAUCACGAGCUCGCCGUUGCUGGAACGGCCCCAUAUUCGUCAUCGGCGGGUUUCGCGACAUCACCGCCGAAGUGCCUCGUUCACUUUGCCGCGGAAAACCGCGCCCCGAGUUCGGAAACUGACGGCCAAUAGUGCGGCUCAAAGUGAGGACGAGGACUUGCCGGCCGGUAUAAUGGAUAAUAGCCUCGUCAAGAACUAUUGGGAGAAUGCCGAUGAGCUUUUGGAGCGGUUCGUGACCAAUGUUCAAAGUCAGGCUGGGCAUUUGGUGCACAAUGUCCAACGCAAGGCCGGCACAGCCGCCCACAACGCCACCGAGAUGGUGCAUCAUGCCGAGGAGAUGGCCUUGGACUUCUAUCUUCGACUGCGCGACUGGAAAGCUUGCCAUUUCGAGAAGCUGCCCAACUGGCUCAAGGACAACGAGCAUCUCCAUUUUGGCCAUCGUCCGGAGAUCCCGAGUUUUGCCGAGUGCUUCCGCUCCAUCUUCCGGAUUCACACGGAGACCGGGAACAUUUGGACCCAUCUAGUCGGUUUCAUCCUGUUUGUCAUUGUCACCGUGGUGUUCUACAUCAAACCCUUGUGUGACACCUGUCAACUCGACAUCCAAAUCUCGGAGAAGCUCAUCUUCGCGUGCUUCUUCUUGGGCGCUAUCGUUUGUCUGGCUUGCUCGACCAUUUUCCACACGGUGUGUUGCCAUUCCGAGUGGGCCUCGACCAUUUUCAGUCGCUUGGACUAUGCCGGGAUCGCGGUCCUCAUCGUGGGCAGUAUCAUCCCUUGGCUCUACUACGGUUUCUAUUGUCAUAUGUACACUCGGUGGACGUACUCGAUUGCGAUUGCCGUCUUGGGUCUGCUGACCGUGAUUCUGACCCUGUGGGAUCGGUUCAAUUUGCCCGAUUUCCGCGUGUACCGAGCAGCCGUGUUUGUGGCCUUAGGGAGUGUGGCCGUGGUUCCAGUGGUUCAUCAUAUCAUUCUGAACGGGGUCCAAAAUGCCUACAUGGAGGCCUCAGUCCAUUGUACUAUCAUCAUGGGAGCCCUCUACUUGACUGGGGCAGUGCUUUAUGCCGCCCGGAUCCCUGAGCGCUUUUAUCCAGGCAAAUGUGAUAUCUGGUUCCAAAGCCAUCAGAUCUUCCACAUUCUGGUGAUUGUGGCCGCUUUCGUCCACUACCGAGGCAUCUCGGAGAUGGCCAUCUACCGUCUUAGCAAACAGGGGAAAUGCGAUUUUGACGUGGGCGAUAACCCCGUCGCCAGUGGGAGUGGCGCCAUCUUUUAACAACGAUGUGCCUUCAUUCAAGCUCACUUCAGUCAUUUGGCGGCUUAUGUAGGGAAAAAGGUGACCGACCUUCCCCAUAUUUUCAAUCGUCGCGAUAACCGCUCGCUGUCUUUGGCUGUGACUUUAGACAAGGCAGCGGGAGACAAAUUUUCAAAACACUUCUAGCACCACUUCCCAUUGGAUGAUUCACGAAUACAUUAUGAAAGCCACUAAAAAUGGGGUUUCAUACCAUUAACCAAAA